AUGGAAAAAGGAAAAACAAAAGAUCUCAAGAAGAGUCUCCUUACUAAAGAAGAACAGAAGGAAGCGCUUCUAGAUCAGAAGGAAACUAAGAAAGAAAAGCCAAUGGAAGAUUCCAAGAAAGAUCAUGCAUGGGCAGAUGGAUCCCAGGAGUCUCGAGGUAUAGGCUAUGCUCUCUCCUUUACACUCCCAUCACUCUGGACAGGAUCCUGCUGGACAAAAUUCUUGGUUGUGCUGACCUUCUUCAUGAUUGUCCUUGCUAAAGUGCUGAAUGUCAUCCAUCCUAUUGUUUUAAAGUUCUUAAUAGAUUCUUUAAUUGCUGGAGAGAAAAUUUAUCACCUAGUUAUUAUUUAUGCUGUGAUAAAGUUUUCAGCUGAUCUUGUUAACAAUUUAAGAGAGUCUAGUUUUGCUACUGUUUCAGCCAAUGCUGAAGUAUACAUUGCUGAUAAGGUAUACAAUCAUAUCCAAAACCAGUCACUGGCUUUCCACUUGAAAAGAGAAACCGGAAAGAUUAUUCGAAUCUGCUCUCGUGGGUCACAAUCUUUCUCACAGAUCCUUAAAUACACUAUUUUUAGUAUUGGGCCGCUAUUUUUGGAACUUCUUCUCGUUGUUCUUGUAAUCGGGUUCUUCUUCCCAUACUGGUUCUUCAUUCUCGUUGUUCUGAGUAUUUUUGCCUACAUUGUCGAUACCUUUUAUGUCACAGAAUGGAGAGCUAAAUAUUUCAAGAAAAUGAACACUGCAGAUAACAAUUAUGUCCAGAAAGCCACAGAUUCUUUGCUGAACUUUGAAACAGUCAAGUACUUUAAUGCUGAGAAGCACGAAGAAGAGAGAUACAUGAAAGCUCUGCAGGUAUACAAGAAGGAGAACAUUAGAGUAACAAGAUCUCUUGUAGUCCUCGGACUCUCCCAGAAUAUCGUGAUAAAUGCUGGACUCUUGUUGAAUCUUCUUCUUGCUAAUUAUAUGAUUGUUAAUGGAAACUUGAUCAUCGGAGAUUUUGUGAUGCUCAAUACUUAUAUCCUUCAAAUUUAUGCUCCACUAAACUUCCUUGGAACAAUGUGGAGAUUCAUCAGACAAGCAAUGGUCGAUGUUGAGCAAAUCUUCGAGCUACUAGACACAGAUGAAAGAAUUAUGGAUGCUAAAGAGCCUGAACGUAGCAGGAUCUGCGAUGGAGAAAUUGAAUUUAAAGAUGUCUGCUUUAACUAUGAUAAUAAAAGAGAAGGAAAAAUGAUCCUUGAUGAUAUCUCAUUCACAAUUCCAGCCAAGAAAAAAGUUGCCCUAGUCGGAGCCACAGGCUCAGGAAAGAGUACCAUAAUGAGACUUCUGUAUAGAUUCUAUGACUGAGUUGAUGGACAAAUCUUUAUUGAUGGCCAGGAUAUUUCAAAGAUGAAAACUGUUGAUCUCAGAUCGAAUAUCGCUAUUGUUCCACAAGAUUGCGUGCUUUUCAACGAUACCAUUAGAUACAACGUUGCAUAUGGAGGAGUCAAAGAUCCAGAUUUUAGAAAAAGAAUCGAUGAUGAAGCUGAGAGAGAAGGAUUAAUUGAGGAAUUAGAUGUGGCAACAAAGAAAGCUCAGAUCUACAACUUUAUACAAUCUAAAGAUAAGGAAUACGAAGAAAUCGUAGGGGAAAGAGGUCUAAAAUUAUCAGGAGGGGAAAAACAAAGAGUUGCCAUUGCCAGGGCUUUGCUCAAAUCUUGUCCUAUCAUGCUUUUCGAUGAAGCUACUUCUGCCUUAGAUACUGUCACAGAGAAGGAAAUCCAAGGUGCUAUAGAUGAUGCAUCUCAGAACUCAACCACCUUGAUUAUUGCCCACAGAUUGUCCACAAUCAAAGACUGUGACAAAAUCAUCGUGCUUAAGAACGGUAUGGUUAUCCAACAAGGAACUCAUGAUGGACUCCUUGAGGAAGAAGGAGAAUACAAGACUCUUUGGGAUAAACAAUCAGAGAAGGAGAAGUACGAAAUUGAAAUCAAGAAAGAUGAAGAGUUGAGAAAGCAAGAAAGAGAGAAAGAACUUGAUGCCAGAGCAUCCAUGAGAAAGAAAAACAGCUCCUUUGCCAAGCUUGGAAAGGAAGAAAUGAAGAGGAACAACUAAUCUCUCGGUAAGAGUAAGAUUAAAUCAUUUAUUGAUUAAAAUGAGUCGUCACAUCAAUUC